UCUAUGAUUGUCAACCUUGCAGUGUUUUGGUCCCUGCAGCGAUGAGCUGUGGUGUCUCUCCCCCCUCUCACCCUCUGCAGGGCAGUUAGCCGCAUUAGCUCCCUGCUUGUCCUCAGAUGACUCCCCCUCCCUCUACCUCCCCUUCUGUGACACACCAGACGAUGCACUGACUGAACGAGGAGAAGAAGAAACCUCUCCCAGCGAGCCAUCCCGCCUGCUGCAUUGAGAAGGAAAGGAGGAAGAGGAGCAGAAGGAGCCUGUCUGCCUGUCUCUCUGCUGGACUAUGACAACACUGAAUGUAACUCUCUGGGAACCAUCCAGUGUGGCUCAUAACUGCAGGGGGCUAUAGGAGAGUCUGCUGGACAUCAGGACACUGUAGCGGACCCUGAAGUGGACAGUGAGGGAGAAACGCCCAGCCAGCCAGGACCCGCCUCCACCUGCCCCCCCACUGUCCCUGCAGCUUAGACCUGACCCUUCCUCAGCUCUGGCCUCAUGGAUCUGGAUCCUCCUGCAGGAAUAUUAAGCAGCAUUCCUGGAACCUAAUCUCCUCACAGCUGGAACCCCUCGCUCGCUUAGCUCCCGUUUGAGCUCCAGCCAGACGACGUCGUCCAUCAUGGCGGAGGGGGUACUGCAGGUGGAGAUCCCUGACUUUGGCAGCAGCGUGCUGGGCAGCCUGAAUGAGCAGCGGCUGCUUGGCCAUUACUGCGACGUCUCCAUCCUGGUUCAGGGCCAGUCCUUCAAGGCGCACCGGGCCGUCCUGGCAGCCUCCUCGCUCUACUUCAGAGACCUGUUCAGCUCUGCGGCUGACCCCGCCUCCUGCCCCUCCUCGUCCUCCUCGUCCCGGGUGGUGUUUGAACUUCCUUCCUCUGUGACGCCGACAUGUUUCCAGCAGAUUCUGUCCUUCUGCUACACCGGACGCCUCAGCAUGGCAGCCAGCGAGCAGCUGGUGCUCAUGUACACCGCCGGCUACCUCCAGAUCCAGAACAUAGUGGAGCGAGGAAUGGAGUUGAUGAUGAUGAAGGCCUCCUCCUCUUCCUCUCCGCUGUGCUGUGACUCUCAGACGACCUCAGCGGAUGAACUCGGGGGGUUCGACGCCCCGGUGGUGCAGCAUCAGCAGGACACGCCCCCCCAGCUGCAGGAGGUCAGUCCCGAUCAGCCAUCUCUGAGCCCGGAGGCGCUGCUCCUGGCCGUCAGCAGGAUCAAACAGGAGAGAUCGGAGACUCCCCCAGCCGAGGAGAGCGGAGGGGGGGGAGAGGAGGCCAGAGCGGACAUGGUCGCGGAGCUGCAGUCCUCCAGGGGCAGCACUCUGUGCUACCUGAGUGCAGGUGGAGGUUUGGUUCCAGGACUGCAGUCAUACCUGAUGGCAGGCGGGGGGCGCUCCAGUCCAGGAGGAUCCAGCAUCCCCGCUGACUCCCCUCCCUCCCACCCCCCGACUGAGGAGGAGCUGGAAGAGGAUUACUACGGCAGCACCGUCCAUCCUGGACUCUACCAACAUAUCUACUGCCACACCGGAAACCCCUUCAUUCAAGAAAAGCUGGAGUUGCUACCCCUCCCAUUGGCCAAUGAGCGGCGGCCCUGUGUGCUGGUUGGCCGGGAUAACAUGGCCCUGCCGGCCAGUCUGGUGAGUCAGAUCGGCUAUCGCUGCCAUCCGUCGCUCUACACGGAGGGAGAUCCUGGGGAGAAGGUGGAGCUGGUGGCAGGCUCAGGUGUGUUCAUGACAAGAGGUCAACUCAUGAACUGCCACCUUUGUGCUGGGGUCAAACACAAGGUGCUGCUCAGGAGGCUGCUGGCCACCUUCUUCGACAGAAACACUCUGGCCAACAGCUGUGGAACAGGGAUCCGCUCCUCCACCAACGAUCCGAGUCGGAAACCUCUGGACAACCGAGUGUUGAACACAGUCAAAUUGUACUGUCAGAACUUUGCUCCCAACUUCAAGGAAAGUGAGAUGAACGUCAUUGCAGCUGACAUGUGCACGAACGCCCGCAGAGUUCGUAAACGCUGGCUCCCAAAGAUCCAGUCUCUCCUCCCUGAUGGCCUCCCAUCCUCAGCAUCCUCCCACCCCCGUAAGGGGAAGAGGGGAGGAGGAGAUCGGCCCAAUGGAAGCCCCUUCGAGUUGGACCUGCGGCAGCUCAGCGCCUCCUACCUCGGCCUGGAGGCUCCGCUGUACGUGGAACGCCGUGAGAAGGAGCUGGUGGGAGAGAAGGAGAAGGAGGCCCACCUGCCUCACCUGCAGUUUGCCGGGUCACGUGGAGGAGAAGGAGGGCGGGAGGAGGAAGGUCUGAUGGAAGGAGAGGGAGACGGUGAUGGGAGGUCGCAGACUGAACAACCCCAAGACCUCGCCCACUCCCUGCCCUCCUCCCUCUCCUCCUCCUCUUCCUCCUCCUCUUCACACCCGUCCCCUCAACCUGCAGAACCGGCCUCCUCUCACAGGGGAUUGGCUGACACAGAUAUGAGGGGGGAGGAGCCUUCUGAAGACAGCCAAUAAGCUUUUUAAUGCAUCUGCCUACCUGUCUGUAAAUAAAACAAUAGCUACCUGGCUCCACUUCCCCGUCUACCCCCUCCCUGUCCUCCUCGUCCUCCAUCUUCCCUGCUACCUACCUGUCUACCUCUAAGUUCGCCUGUCUGUCCCUCUGUCUUCCUAUCCACCUGUCUGUCCCCUUGUCUGUCUGUCCCCCUGUCUGUCUAUUCCCCUGUCUGU